UUCGCCAUUGCAACAACAUACACACGGGCACUCUGAUCAUCAGUGCACUGUACAGUCAGUAACAGCUAGCAGUCCAUAGAUACAGUAGUGCACGGCAUACAGUACAUUGUACGUACACACAAGAAACUGAAGCUGAAUUUUCUGGUAUCACGAAAGUAUCCAAUUGGACCUUUUUUUGUGUUGAAAAACGGUAGGCAAAAAAUCUUCAAGACGGUGGAGAUGGCCACAACACCACCGUCUGCUGCCUUGCGGGCGCUGAGUUUAGAACUGAGGAAAAUUAACGAUGAACCCGUGGAAGGUUUCAAAGUAACUCUUCCAAAUGAGGCGAAUCUCUUCGAGUGGGAAGUGGCGAUCUUUGGACCACCGGAAACGCUCUACGAAGGGGGUUAUUUUAAGGCACAAAUGAAGUUUCCACACGACUAUCCGUAUUCACCUCCAACCUUCAAGUUCCUCUCAAAAAUGUGGCAUCCCAACAUAUAUGAUCAGACUGGUGACGUAUGCAUAUCAAUCCUACACCCGCCGGUGGAUGACCCACAGAGCGGAGAGCUGCCCUCGGAAAGAUGGAACCCCACACAGAGCGUCAGAACAAUCCUGCUAAGUGUCAUCUCACUCCUGAACGAGCCCAACACAUUCUCUCCUGCCAACGUUGAUGCCUCCGUCAUGUACAGAAAGUGGAAGGAAUCCAAGGGAAAAGACUCGGAAUACGCCAAGAUAAUCCAGAAGCAAGUCCAGAGGACGAAAGCUGAUGCGGAAAAGGAUGGCGUGGUGGUGCCCACGACCCUGCAGGACUACUGUAUCAAGACCAAGACACAGACACCCUCGCACAGCUCCCAGGACCUGACCGACUUCUAUGAGGAUGACGACUACGACGGAGACUACGACGAGGAAGAGGAGGAGGAGGAGUGUUACUAUGAUGACGAGGAUGACUCAGGAAAUGGGGAAUCAUGAUGAUGUUACAGGCUGGAAAAGGCCGUGAACUCUUUGUAUAAAUUACUAGCUUUUGGGAAACUUUAUUUUCUUUUUCCUUUUAAAUUUUUUUCAAUUUUUUUGGAAGGGGGGAUG